AUGACUAACGUCAAGUUAAAACUUCUCUUCUAUCUUUUGAACUCUCUAUUAUCAGUUGAUUUAGUGCACUCUCGGCCUUUCUCUGCUAAUGUCACCGACUUUAUUAAUAACAACAGCACCUUUACGAUACCAGUCGACUCUAACUCUGAUACUCUUAUUGUUGCCAAUGGAGAAGAUCCAGCCGAUGAGACACCAGAAGAGACAAAUAAAAGCUCUAAUAAACAAAUGGAAGCAAUUGUGAAUGCGGAACAGGAUAGGGAUGAAGCUCUCUCGGAAAAGGUGAUAAAGGAUCAAGUGAGUAUUUUAGAAAUGACAAAAAAUGAGGCAGAGGCAUUCGAGAAACAAUUGAACACGUCAAGUGCUCUACUGGAGUCAAUGAUCGAUUCAGAAUCCGAUAGAGAAGAAACUUUAACGGACAUUUUAUUCAGGCCUGAAUCGGAAUUUGUUGAGGGUCCCAGAUUCGAAUUCUUGAUCGCCCGGCUCAAUGAGACUGAUGGUAAUAGGACUGCUGUGUUCAGUGGUAACAAUUUAGAUAAAGUUGAUAAGAACUUUAGUGAUGUGCUCAAAAAGGUUGACUAUGUAGAGUUAGUGGAAGUAGAGAAGCCGAAGAUUGGUGAAAAUAAGAGUGCUUAUAGCUUUGGUAAUAUCACAGGACAUGAUGUGGACAACGACCUUGCACCAGACACGAUUCUAUCAAUGUUCUCAGGUUACUCCGAUGUGCAGACUUUAUUCAUGGCUUGCUUCGGAACAUUGUUGCCGCUGCUGGCUGUACUCUUCAUUACAUUACUAGUACGAUGUAUGUGCAGGCGGUGGUGUGCGAAGAAACCAGUGCCGUCUUCAGCUUCUGUGACGAGUAGCAAACCAGACAGCAAUGAACAGGUAAAUAAAUUUUGUGUUCUUAUAAUUUGUUGA